AUGGCACAGGCAGUGUGCUUUCUCUUUCUCCUACCUGCAGCCACCGUGAUAUCCCAUCUGGUUCCGGUGGCCGCGACAGCCAGGGCUGAGAAGAUGGUGGCGGCGCCAUCGCCGUUGCCAACAAGUCCACCGCCGGACUGCCCUGACACGUGCGGCGAUGUAAAUAUUCCCUACCCAUUUGGCAUCGGCGAGCCAUGCUCCUGGCAUGGCAAGUACAACCUCACUUGCAACCACACGUUCAACCCGCCGAGACCAUACCUGGGCAACACCGAGGUCGUCGACAUCUCGGUGGAGUCCGGCGAGAUACGCGUCCGAACCCCCAUAUCGUCCCUCUGCUACAACUCGUCGUACGACUACGUCAACACGACUCUUACGUUCCACGUCGAGCUGUUCUUGAUCUCGGCGGCACGAAACGAGUUCACGGCGAUUGGCUGCAACACGCUGGCGCUCCUGCAGGGCCUGAAAUACUACAGCGGCUGCAUCAGCUCCUGCGUCAGCUUGGUGGACGCCGCAGCUCGCGACAGCGACAAGUGCAACGGUCUCGGCUGCUGCCAGACAUCCAUCCCUGAAAACCUUGACUAUAUAGCCGUCAACUGGGACCUCACUAGCAGAGGAAACACCAGCGACAACCCAGUUUGGGAAUUCAACCCCUGCAGCUACGCCUUCGUCGCCGAGAAGGGUUGGUAUCAAUUCGACCUAAAAGAUCUUCAAAACAGUGCCUUUGUUAGGAAGCUUGGAGACAGAACCGUGACAGACGUCCCUGUAGUUCUUGACUGGGCUAUCAGGGCGGAUGGACCUUAUUGUCCUCCCCCGAUAAUGAAAGAUGGGGUGAUUGGAGAACCCACUGCUUCCGCCUGUGUCAGCGCCAAUAGCCACUGUGUCAACGCCACGCAGGGCUCUGGGUACUUAUGCAAUUGCUCCACGGGAUACACCGGCAACCCUUAUGUAAUUGGUGGAUGCACAAAUAUAGAUGAAUGUACACGGCCGAAUGAUUUUCCCUGCCAUGGCGUGUGCAAGGACACCGACGGAUCCUAUGAGUGCAACUGUCGAGCUGGUUAUGAGAGCGAUGGCGACCCAAAGAAAAACCCGUGCCGUCCAAAACUUUCUAGUUUAGCGAAGCAUAUCAUAGGAAUCACUGUUGGUGCUUCAAUAUUAUUUUUUAUUAUACUUGGAACUGGGGUAUGCUAUAUGCUGAAGCAGAUAGAGCAAAAAGCAAAGGAGAGAGAACUGGAAGCAAUUGAAAGAAAGAAUGGAAGUGAGAGACUUAAAAAUGUGAAAACUCUGAUAUUAUUUACAAAAGAUGAACUUGAUAAAAUAACCAUGAACAAUUCGGUGCCUCUUGGCAAGGGAGGCUUUGGUGAAGUUCACAAAGGGACUUUGUCUGACAAGACCGAGGUGGCAGUUAAGGCCUCAAAUGAGGUAACUCAAGGUACACUGGAAAAGUUUGUGGAGGAAGUGGAAAUCCAAUCAAGGAUGAUGCACAGGAACAUUCUCAAGCUCUUGGGUUGCUGCUUGCGGGUUGAUGUUCCACUGCUGGUAUAUGAAUAUGCUGCUAAAGGAAGUCUCAAAGACAUUCUCCACGGCAAACAUAAUGAUCAGCAGCGUGAGCCUCUCACACUUAGGUCACGUUUGGACAUUGCCAUUGGCUCUGCUCAAGGGUGUUUGCCUUACAUGGAUCCAGUGUACAAGGAUACAGGGAGGUUAACUCCAAAAAGUGACGUCUAUAGCUUUGGGAUUGUUCUCUUAGAGCUGAUUUGUAGAAGGCCUGCUGUAGAUGGUGAAAACAUUCUUGUCAAGCAGUUUAAGAGUGUUUAUGAACAAGAUAACACUGGAAGGGUGUUUUUUGACAAGGAUAUUGCUGAAGAACAAGAUAUUCCUAUCCUUGACGAAAUUGGAAAACUAGCCAUGAAGUGUUUAAAUGAAAAUGUUAAUGAAAGACCAGCUAUGGCGAGCGUCGCAAGUACACUUGUGAUACUGAAAGAUUCUUGGGAAGAAAAAAGUCAAAGUUCCUCUUCUACUUCAAUCAACUAG